AUGUCCUCAAGGGCAAGACCAGAGUCUUCAGGACCUCCAGAUUUGUAUUACAAUGAAGAAGAAGCCAAAAAGUAUGCUAGGAAUUCUCAUAUUAUUGGAAUACAAGCCCAAAUGUCUGAAAGAGCAUUGGAGCUUUUAGCUGUAAUGGUUAGAGCUGGGGCUUCGUUAUACUGUUUACUUCUUUCCGGCUGUGGAACUGGUAUGAGCUCAGAAGUUUUCACUGAACAAGGACAUGCUUGGAUUGGAGUAGAUGUCAGUUUGAAUAUGUUAAAAAUUGCUAAAGAAGAUGAAAAUGAUAAUGAAGAUGGUAGUAUGGGUGAUUUUAUAUGGAAGGAUAUGGGUACAGGCAUGCCUUUCCGUCCGGGAACUUUUGAUGGAGCUAUCAGCAUUUCGGCUAUCCAAUGGCUUUGUCAUGCAAACGCUGCAGAUCAAAAUCCUAGAAAACGUCUUCAUCGCUUUUUCCAAAGUUUAUAUGCAUGUCUGGGAACAGGCACUAGAGCUGUUUUCCAAUUUUAUCCAGAAAAUGAAAAGCAAACUGAUUUGAUCAUGUCUCAAGCUACUAAAGCAGGUUUUCAUGGAGGUUUGGUUGUUGAUUUCCCAGAGUCCACAAGAGCAAGAAAAGUUUAUCUUGUUUUGAUGACUGGAGGUGUUCAACAGCUUCCAAAAGCUUUAACGCAAGAAGAAGAUGUCCCAAGGAGUGCUCAGGUCGAUAAUCUGGAACGCAGAACUUUCGUGGUCAGUCACCGUGACAAAAAUAAGAAACCUUUGAAGCAUUCCAAAGCAUGGAUCCAACAGAAAAGAGACCGAUUAGAGAAACAGGGAAAAACGCUCCGUCAAAACUCGAAAUACUCUGGACGUAAGAGGAAGAUAAGGUUCUAA